AAAAGGAUUUGAGCAGACAAUCAUCAUCCUGCCAUGAAACCCAUAAAGGUUCAUGCGAACAUAUAGAUACAUUUAUAACCCCUUGUAUAGAUGAAGGUAUGGCAUGUGACUCCACUAGGGAAGGUCGUGUGAUUGCAAAUGCAAGCCAAUGUACUUCUGAUGUUUCAAUUGGCUGCCGCUCAUCUGAUAUGAUUGUUUUGGAUAAGUCGGAUGCAAAAGAAUGGAAUGAAAUAUUAGAUUCAUCCUUUGGUGGCUUAUCAUUAGAACCAAAUGCUGCAGACAUUUGUUUCAUCAAUGGGAUGGUUUCUCUGGUAGGAUCCUCUCCAAGUGGACAAGUACAGUGUGAGAGAUAUGCUGAAAAGGAGGUCUCAGCGUCUCAUCCUGGGGGAUCACAUGACUCCAAUUUGGAUGCGAUUGAGAGUAAUAUUGUUGUUGUACAAGAAAUGGAAACCCUUCAACAAUCUGCCAAGGUGAAACUUGAGGAGACUUGUGUGAUGGUGACUGGUGAGGAUGUUCAUUUUGUUCCUCACAUGGAAGGCAAGCGUAGGCCUUACAAGAAAAAACUUCAGAAAGCCUUUUCCUCAAGACUGAGGUCUGCAAGGAAGCAAGAAUAUGAGCAGCUUGCAUUAUGGUAUGGGGAUGAUGCAAAAUCAAAUUUGGAAAGUGAAGACGGUGUACUUCAUUCUAUUACUAUGGAGGAGACGAAGAAAUCACCAUCUCAUGAUUUUUGUGAAUCUGAAUGGGAGAUUCUGUAGGUACCCUUGUAAAAAGCUUAUGUAAAUAAACAGCCUCUCCGCAGCCUCCCCUUGCUGAUUAUGGUGCUGUCCAAAAUUCCUAGCUUAGGAUAAAAUUUGUACCGAAGUGGGUAAAAUUCCCAACGAUCAACCGCUCUACCAGGGAGUAUAUUAACAAUUAUGUAGUCUCCCUAACAUAAAGUGCUUGGAAAUGUUAUUUAUAUUUUAAAUGGGACCAAGCCAAUUGAGACGUACCUUUGUAGUCAGCAUUGUUAAUAUAUUGGCUACUAUUAUGCAUGGUUAAACUGUUGUUUG